AUGUCCGGUGAAAUCAUGAAUGAUCAAUAUGCACCACCACCACCACCACCACCACCACCACCACCACCACCCAGUUUCCCUCUCCCAACACAGAGUGAUUUUGGAAGGAAACGUUGCGACUGGUCAAGCGAUGAGAUUCAGUCGCAACUACCGACAGAAAUUUUGCUAAUAACAGCAAAUGAUCAUGAAUUCGCUGCUUGUUAUUCUUAUAUGAAGCGUGUCCGGAGAAGUUGGCAUGAUACAUUCGGAAUGGUGGAUUUUGGUCAAUUUUUAUUUGGUGGUCAGAGACCGAGAGUUGCGUUGAUGAAAUGUGCACAAGAACAAGCUGCGGGUGUUAUAGCUGUGAAAAAUGCCGCUGAAAUUUUGUACCCAAAAGUACUCCUUUUCGUCGGGAUCUGUGCAAGUAUGAAACCGCAGCUGACAAGACUUGGCGACGUCGUGAUUUCUACCAAACUGGCGAGUUAUGGAGACAAGAAAGAUGGGAUAGUUGAGUACCGUAGCACCAAAGCGAAUGCGAGUCGAUAUAUGGCUCGAUGUAUUCUGUGGGCAGGUGAUGGUUGGGCGCCACCGUUAAGAGACCGGAGUAGUUCAGAAGUCGCAUUCUAUCCUGACUCUGUGAUGUUAAGUGGUCCAGACUUGGUUGAUAAUCUUGAAAGACGUCAAGAGUUAUUGAAUUAUUUUCGAGAAGCACUUGGUCUUGAAAUGGAGGGUGCAGGUAGGAAGUAG